CCUCACCCACCUCCUCUUCUCUUCUUCGUCUCAAUCCUCUCCCCAACAUGAAGUCCCUAAAGCUCGUUAUUCUCAUGCUGGCCCUGCUCUUGGUCAUGGCUGCUGUACGCUCAGUCUCAUCAGCUGAAGAAGAAGACUUCAUGUUUGAUCUAGACCAGGAUGACAGCAUCGCUGCUGAAGCUGAAAAUUCUGAUCAACUUCCAUUACUUGAAAGCGAGCAGCCGAUAUCGCUUAGGGGGACUAGCCGCUUUCUGACGGAGGCGGCCCGGAUCAAGGUGACGUGCGACAAGUAUCCUACAGUAUGCCAUGCCAAGGGAAGUGCAGGGAAGUACUGCUGCAAGAAGAAGUGUGUGAAUGUGAGGACGGACAGGCUCAACUGUGGGGCGUGUGGGAAGAAGUGUAGGUACUCUGAGAUUUGCUGCAAAGGGGAGUGCGUCAACCCUUCUUCAGACAGGAGGAAUUGUGGGGGCUGCGGCAAGAAGUGUAAGAAAGGGAGUCUCUGCGUGCAUGGGAUGUGCAGCUACUCGUAGAUUUCUGAGCAUUGUUGCUGUACAUGGGAAAAUUUCUAUAUUCAUGUAACUAUGGCGAGCCAUCACCAUUUGAUGGGCUUGCAAAUCCGAGUUUUUUCAUUUUUUCUGAUUCUUCAUGAGGUCUUUACUGGUAUAGAUGACAACAAUGAGCCAGUUCACAGUCCCUGAAAUCCAAGACACUUCUCUACCGGACUGGCCGCUUCCUGCUCAUUACUGAGCAAGGAGAGAAGGAUUGCAGGAACUGUGGAUGGAGUGUGUAGUUACAAAUAAUAAUUUCAUGUACACUUCCUAUGAUGGAAAGCGGAUCGUGUUGAUGAUUCGUUCAAUAAAAGGAACAUAUGGGAUAUGCUAUUAUCCUCCAUUGUUGAAGUA